CUGUUGCUGUGGGACAUGGCUGUAAAUAUCUUUUAGCGUACAGCUAUAAGCAGCGUCCUGGUGGGUCUGGCUUCACUUCAACAUGGAGAGCUGCUCAGCCCUAGACACACAGGGGGGAGGUGAUGGAGGAGCUGAUGGUAUAGCCGUAGCAGCUGAUGCAGAGCUGGCUGCCUCCAUCAUGGCCCACCGCUCUCAGCCCUCCCUCAUCUUGAACCAGGUCUGGGAGGGAUUCUCCUUCGCUGGCAAGCAGAUCCGCAUCAAGGAAUCCACCGAACUGUAUGGAGCUGUGCUCUGGCCCUCGGCGAUUGUAUUGUGUCACUUCCUGGAGAACAACCUUGACAAGUACAACAUGGCGGAUAAAAACGUGAUGGAGCUAGGAGCAGGAACUGGCUUGGCCUCCAUCGUCUCCAGUCUGCUAGGGGCCAAGGUCACCUCCACUGACCUCCCCGAGAUUUUGGCAAACCUCACCUACAAUGUCCAGCGCAACACUAAGGACCACUGCAGAUACACACCAGUGGUGACGGAGCUGUCCUGGGGCCAGCAGUUGGAGGAGCGGUUCCCUCGAUCGACCCACCACUACGACUACGUGCUGGCGGCCGACGUGGUCUACCACCACCCCUUCCUCCAGGAGCUCCUGGAAACCCUUGAGCACCUCUGCCAGCCGGGGACGCAGGUCCUGUGGGCCAUGCGCUUCCGCAUGGACAUAGAGAACCGCUUUGUAGAACGCUUCCAGCAGCGCUUCAGCAUGGAGCUGCUGUACGACCUGCCCAGCCUCAACAUCAAGCUGUACCGAGGCUGGAAACCAUAGCCUACCGGUGGACCCUGGCCUCUACACCUCUACUGUAGGAACGCCAUAGCCCUACUGAAGGACCAUGUGUAACACUCUAGCCCACUGUAGAUCCAUAGCACUACUGAAGAACCUCUGCUGUCGGAUCCGAGCCUACUGUACAGCUUCUAUUGUAACACCAUAUCCCUACUGUAGGACGAUAGCCUACUGUAACACCAUAGCCAUAUGUAACACUCCAACCUCCUGUUAAUCUUGAUUUUCACCUUUAUUUACAUACGUGUGGGUGUGUGCGUGCGUGCAUCUGUCUGUGCACUUGUGUGCAGGAUUAAAAGCCGAAAUCAUACUCACUACCAAA